UUAUUUGUAUGGUUUUAUAAUUUUUUUGCUGAGUGUGAUGCCUGUUUGUAUCUAGUUGUGGGUGGUUGUUUCAAUGUGCAAACUGUAAUUUAAUUUUUUUUUAAAUUUUUGUCUAAAUAUUGCUGUUUGUAUAUUUUUGCUAAUUUUAGUGAUGACAAUUUAUCAAAUAAUAAUUUCCUUGUUAUGAUUUUGUAGAAAGAGAUUUAGUUGAGUGGUUGGCUGGUCUUGAACCUGUUCAAAAUGUAUAUGAUAAUGAAAGAGGUGAUCAAGGUGAUAGGGCAGAAAGUGAUGACAAGUUAAGUGAUGGAGACGAAAGUGAUGGGGAGGAAGAAAUCGCCCACUCUGUACCAUUCAAGUGCAUUGGUGCUGCUCAUGAGAAAAACUACUGACAUCAUUUGGAAAAUUAAGGCAUAAUACCUCGCUCUUCAUGAACAAGAUAAAAUUGUGAAUUCAAUGUAAGAAUACGGCCAGCACCAUUGAAUCCAAGGGACCCAAGUGCAAUGGUCAAUUCCAGAUUUUAGGUUAUGUAUGCAGAGGGUGAUGGGAAGUAAGGUAUUAUAUGAUUUUAUCCAAAAAUUUUCAUAAAGACACCUGGGGCCGGUUGUUCAAAGGUGGGUUAGCGCUAACCCUGGGUUAAAAUUUAACCUGCUGUUUUAGUUUGUGUACGUCUGCACAUAGAUCUGUGUAUUUCAAAACUUCAGAGAAGUAAACUCCUAUCGAUCCAGACAAGAUCUCUGAAGAAAUAUUUCCAAAUUUAUAGAAAAGCUGUCAGGAAGUUCGCUUCGAAUUUAGGUUAACCAUGGGUUAAACUAACCCAGCUUUGAACAACCAGCCCCUGGUGAGUGGAGACUCGAGUGGUCGGAAAAAGCAUGAGUGUAUGUUGACAGACGUUUUUAUAUAAUAAAUAGCAACUACCAAGCUAUGCUUAGCAAGUUAUUAGUGCAUUUAUAUCAAUUGGCUAACUUUUUUAGUUUUUUUCCAGCAUUUUUUAAACAAACCAUAGGUUAUGAAUGAUAACUGGGUAUAUCUAAUUAAACCAAUCUGUCAUGUACACUCAUGCAAAUAAGACUAAGUACAUAAAUAACUGUAAAAAAUGUACUUUAGUAAAUAAAUGAAUAUUUAUUCAUACACUUGACCUACUUUGUGGGUAUUUUUUCAUAUUAAAAUUAAUGCAACAAUAAAAUAAGAUGUCUAUCCACAUAAUAUUUAUUACAUUGAUCAGAGAUCUCACUUCAGCUCAGAAACCACUGCCAGCAGGGUAAGACCCCACAAUAACAUGCCACUUAAUUUGUUAUAUGAUACAUAAAAACUUAUUUUAUUGCUUUAAAACAAGUGAAGGAAUCCUCCAUGCUGAGGAUUCCGCAGCUCGAUUUGCCACAAAAACACCAGUAUCAGGCGAUCAGCUCGUCUUGAAAUACGUACAGGAUCCAGUCGCGUCGGCCAAAAACAACAAAACUUUGAAAAUCGCACAGAUAUAAAUUCUAAAAAAAUAUUAAAACAACUCCUAAGUCUUCUAAAUAAUAUUUUAACACUUUAACAAAAAUUCAUUGAAAAUAUCAUCUUUGAUGGCACAUUUUCUUUCCAAGGUAUUAGACGCCAUUUUAGCGAACGUCGAGUUGACAAUAGUCACUUCAACGGUCAAUAUCUCGAAAACUGCCGGGGGAUCAACACACACAGCAUCAUGGAUGUGAUUAAUAUGGGUACUUGAUUAAACCACAAGAAUGUUGCAUUACAUACAAAUUUCUUCAUGUGACAUUUAAGUGGUUUAUCUCCAAGAUUAGCAGAAAACUAUUCUGUGCUGUCAGGAAGUUCGCUUCGAAUUUAGGUUAACCAUGGGUUAAACUAACCCAGCUUUGAACAACCAGCCCCUGGUGAGUGGAGACUCGAGUGGUCGGAAAAAGCAUGAGUGUAUGUUGACAGACGUUUUUAUAUAAUAAAUAGCAACUACCAAGCUAUGCUUAGCAAGUUAUUAGUGCAUUUAUAUCAAUUGGCUAACUUUUUUAGUUUUUUCCAGCAUUUUUUAAACAAACCAUAGGUUAUGAAUGAUAACUGGGUAUAUCUAAUUAAACCAAUCUGUCAUGUACACUCAUGCAAAUAAGACUAAGUACAUAAAUAACUGUAAAAAAUGUACUUUAGUAAAUAAAUGAAUAUUUAUUCAUACACUUGACCUACUUUGUGGGUAUUUUUUCAUAUUAAAAUUAAUGCAACAAUAAAAUAAGAUGUCUAUCCACAUAAUAUUUAUUACAUUGAUCAGAGAUCUCACUUCAGCUCAGAAACCACUGCCAGCAGGGUAAGACCCCACAAUAACAUGCCACUUAAUUUGUUAUAUGAUACAUAAAAACUUAUUUUAUUGCUUUAAAACAAGUGAAGGAAUCCUCCAUGCUGAGGAUUCCGCAGCUCGAUUUGCCACAAAAACACCAGUAUCAGGCGAUCAGCUCGUCUUGAAAUACGUACAGGAUCCAGUCGCGUCGGCCAAAAACAAAACUUUGAAAAUCGCACAGAUAUAAAUUCUAAAACAAUAUUAAAACAACUCCUAAGUCAGAAUUCUAAAUAAUAUUUUAACACUUUAACAAAAAUUCAUUGAAAAUAUCAUCUUUGAUGGCACAUUUUCUUUCCAAGGUAUUAGACGCCAUUUUAGCGAACGUCAAGUUGACAAUAGUCACUUCAACGGUCAAUAUCUCGAAAACUGCCGGGGGAUCAACACACACAGCAUCAUGGAUGUGAUUAAUAUGGGUACUUGAUUAAACCACAAGAAUGUUGCAUUACAUACAAAUUUCUUCAUGUGACAUUUAAGUGGUUUAUCUCCAAGAUUAGCAGAAAACUAUUCUGUGUAUUUCCCAUCUGGUAAGUCGCAUCUCAAUUGUUAUUUUAAUAAUGUAAUGCCUGCAUGAGAAAUAGAAAGAUAAUUGCAUAACUCCGUCUGUUUCUAUCAACUUUCUAUUAAUUUAUAAUUUUAAAUCUUAUGUUUUUCGUCAAUAUCCGAGCAAAACAACUCCAGUUGGUAAACAUAUUUCUAUAAUGGCAUCAUAAUGUACAGGGUGUAUAAAAAAAAACUGAACAGAUUUGAAAUUGCUCUCAAUUUCGCAAAACACCUAUUUGUAUCUGUUUUUUAUAUAUAUAGCUUCUUGGGUACUUGUAAUGUAGAAUAAUGAAAAAAAAUUCUCAAACUCACAUUUUGUGGACCAGGGGGAGGGGGUGUCUUUUCCAACAAACUAAAAUACCUAAUUUGCAUAUUGCUAACAAAUGCAAAUUAGGCAAAGGCAUUAAUUAAGCAUGCAACUAGCUGAUUUUUAGGAAAAAUGUAACUUCGUGUGAAUAGUUAAAGGGCUUAAACUAAACCAAAUUGUCUGAAAUUUUGUACAGUAAUUAAAAACCCGACAAAUUUUCCAUCUAUUAACUCAAAAUAUGAUUACAACUUUUAAAUUUUGUGCGCGAGCCAUUUUUAGUUUGUUGGAAAAGACACACCCCCCUGGUUCACAAAAUUUGAGUUCGAGAAAUUUUUUUCAUUAUUCUACAUUAUAAGUACCCAAAGAAGCUAUAUAUAUAAAAAACCGGAUACAAAUAGGUGUUUUGCGAAAUUGAGAGCAAUUUCAAAUCUGUUCAGUUUUUUUUAUACACCCUGUAUAGUUGUAUAAUCCAGAGCCGACGGUGCGAAUACUGAUUCCCCCCGGCUAUUUACACCCAGGGAAACGAAAGCAUUAGCGAAGUCUAAAGUUCAUCAAUCAUCGCGGGCGCCAACCAACGAGCGACGAUCUUGAGUGGGUGGUCAUCCUCACUUAUCUCAAAAAUAUGGCAAGCAAGAUUUCAAUUUUAAAAGACAUAUAUUUGGAAAAUCGUUUCAUAUACAACAAGCUUGAAGCAAUUUUGUUUGAAGAAAUGAGAAUUGGUUUAUCGGGAAAUCUACGGCAAGUUUGCUUUGAAUAUUUUUAAAAUGUUUACGCCGAAUUUUGUUGCUUUAACUUUUUACGUAAUAAAAAAUAUGAACUAUAGAAGCUCUGAGUUUCAUAAAUUACCGUUUAAUUUGAGAAAAAAUCUUAAAAUGUAAAGGCGAACAAAUUGAUUUGAAGACUGAACUGAAAUUACCUAACAAUUUGUUUUAUUUGUAUUAAACUUAUCAUGUUUUGUCAAGUAAAAACAGUUUAUCGGCAAAAUGUAGUUUACUUGAAUGAACAUUUCAAAACAUUUUACGAAGCGUUUCAAGUUAAAUUUUACAUUAAAUCAAAGCUCACAAAAUGCAAAAUAAUAUACCUACAGUAUAUAUUUCGGAAAUUUAUUGUUGUAUAGUUAAAAGUAUGAACCUUUCAACUAUUUUGCAGUUUUGUACAAAAUAUAUGAAAAUAAAAAUUUAAUAUCGUGUUGUCAUGGCAACACUUGAGCGCGAGCCUGCGUUCAGUGCUGGUCAUUUCUGAAUACUUCAUGUUUAAUGUAUAGAAACUAUUGGCAAGGGGUCACUGCAUGCAUGUAUUUCCAGUACUGUAUGCAUAAUAAUACUGUGGGUAACAAACAUGAUUUUUACACCAAUUAUUUACACUAUUAUAAUUGUAUACAGUACAGUAUACUCACUUCUUCAAGGCUUUCUUAUCAUCUUCUCCGUUUUUACAAGCAGCCUGUCCAUGCACUCUUGACAUGCUCUUCCUGUUAAUUCCACUUUUUCAUCCGUGGUAAAAGCUUCGCUCAAAACGUUUGCAACUUUCACCCAAUCUGAAGUUCCUUUUGGCCUACUUGCACAGACCUCUUUGGCAAGCAUAAUAUUGUGUGACUGUGCAGUUCAUCUAAACUGUGGCAUGUCUCCCUUGUCAUACCAAAAUCUAUAAGAGUAAGGUGUAUUUUUAACAGUUAAAAGUAAUUUUCAAUUUGCCAUGACACUCGCAAAUUUACAAAUACACAUUAAUGUCCACCACAUCGAAUCGAUGUUAUUUCUUCACCCACUCACCCACUCCAGAUAACAUUCAGUCGUAUUUUGACUUGACUCAUGUUUAUUAUAUCUGUACUGUGAUAGUUACAUUCUGUUAGCAUUGACAUUUGUUAGAGAAAUUUGACUUUAUCGAACAGAAACAGGCAGAACAUGUUUGGCAAUGUUUGUGUGAUUUAAGUGAUAGCAGUAGUGAUGAUGGUGAUGAGUAUGAAGAAAUAGAAGUGCAUAGUGAAUUUGAAGAUACUGAAUUUGAGAGAUUAGUGACAUUCAGCAUACAUGUCCAAGACGCAGACAUCUGCAUUUGACAUGUAGCUCUGAAGACAGUGAACAGAAGUAUGGCACUGUUUAUAUUUUAUUAUAUUUUGUGUUUUCGUUAGGGAAUAGAACACUUAUAAUCUUUGCCACAUACACUAGACUUUAAAUCUGGACAUAACUGAGCAGUAUCAGGUAACUCGGGAACACUGUAAAUGACAUGCUCAUUAAGGUCCAUUAAAAAAGUCAGUGAUCACUCUCAGUUCAAAUUUCUUCCCUUCUUUGUUUCAUGCUAGACCAGUGUACAUGUUUCUUGUGCAUUUACCAUCUACAGCGUACAUGCCAAAGUGCUCCAUUUAUCAAGUAAGCAUUAUAAUGAUAGUUAAGUCAUGCAAUAGUCUUGGGUCACUGUACAUGUGAAUAAUUAGCAUAUGUAAAUAUAAGGCAGAAGGCUGCUCACCUUCUGAUUGUUGUUUAGUACAAUUCAUUACAUGGUGGCAGCUAAUCCUAAAAUAUCCAAGCCAUCCUAGGCUGCAUAAACGUCUGUCAUAUAAAAUAUAGUUAUUUGUAGAAAAUCUGAUGUUCUGAAGCAAAGAUGAGUCAAAUAAAACAAUUCAACCCAAUUCGACCCAUACUCACUGGCCAGAUUGGAAGCAAUGUUUUGAGAGAAUAGGAACAAAACUGUUUAAAGAAGACGAGGUCAUUCAAAUUAGCACACUUCUGUACACUAUAGGGAAUGAAAGCGAGUACAGGUUUAUGCAGUUUGUGUUGGACAAAAAAGAAGCAAAACAUCAUGCAUUCAUACUCAAUAAAUUUGUUGGAUGUUACAGACCAGAGAAAUAUUAUUCACAAACGAGUAUUUUUAUCAAAAAUCUCAACAAAGUGGCGAGUCAGCUGAAACUUACAUACAAAGCCUUUACAAGAUGGCCAAAUAUUGCGGCACAGCAAAAGACGACUGUAUUCACAAUAGACUCAUAGUCGGAGUUGGUGAUAAAGGAAUUGAAAGAAAAACUUAAACUUGCCAAAAGUGUAAAGAUGGUGAGGCAAUCCAAAAUUAUACAAGAUCAACUUUCAAUACAAAAUGAAACGGCGAAAACUAUAGAACAAAUUAAUAAACAGAGAUAUCCAAAGCGAGAGAAUUAUACCUACAAGGAAAGUUUCAACAAUUGAUGCCAAGCAGAAACAAAACGGUGAGGAUGUUCUCGGUGAGGGUUAAGUCAUGGGUCCUUGUGCUCUGCUAAAAACGCUAAACGUAAUAAAUGCGACAAGAUUGGUCACUACACGAGAUGUUGCAAAAUGAAGCAGUUAACCCAAGUUAGUUUCAGAUAUAUGCAGGAGACCGAAAGCUCGGUCAUCGGAACAACCCAAGAAGAUGGCUCGUUGAUCUGCCAGUUAAUGGUCAUAACAUGAAGUUUGAGUUAGAUUCUGGUGCUGACGUAUCGGUAAUGUCACUGAGUACCUACGAGAAUAUGCAUGACGCUCCAGCUUUGUGGCCAACAAGUCACAGACUCAAAGGAGGCAACAGAGUAUUAAAGUGUACAGGAACAUUUUCAUCUUUAUGUUACUGAUUCUGUGAACAAUAUACAUUGCAGAACUAUGGCAGAGAAGAUGAACUUGAUUAAAUUGAACAUUCAAGGAGGAAAACAAAUAGGAUUAAUAAAGGGUGGGCCUGUUAAAAUACAACUGAGAGAAGGUGCUAUCCCAUGUCAUUGUAAUACCGCCCAAAGAGUCCCAAUACCUCUCAUGCCAAAAGUAAAGCAAGAAUUAAAAUGUAUGGAAGAAGCUGGUGUUAUUGAGAAGGUCAUUGAGCCCACUGAUUGAUGCUGUCCGAUGGUGGUAGUUCCAAAACAAAACAGCGAUGUAAGGAUCUGCAUCAAUCUUUAACAGCUGAGCAGGAAAGUUUGAUGUGAAAGAUACAUGUUGCCAACAUUAGAGGACAUGGUGACAAAAUUAAAUGGUGACAAAAUUAAAUGGUGCCACAGUCUUCACUCACCUUGGCCUUACAUUGGGAUAUUACCACAUGGAGUUGUUUCAGACAGCACCAAAGUUAAUGACAUUCAUCACACCAUAUGGGAGAUUCUGCUUUAAGCAUCUUCCAUUUGGAAUUUCCUCAGCAAGUGAGAUCUUUCAGUGCCGGAUGACAGAGACGUUGGAAGGCUUGAAGGAGGUGAAGCAUCUCAAGAUGACAUUCCGGUUGCUGGUCGUACCAUGGAAGAGCAUGUCGAGAAGUUGAGGAAAGUCCUUGGCACUAUUCAAGAGGCUGGUAUUAAGCUGAACCUGAAGACGUGUGUGUAGUGGAAACCCAUAGUUACCUUCUUGGGACAGAAGUUCAGCAAAGAAUGUGUACACCCUGAUCCAGACAAGGUAAAAGUUAGUGUUGAAAUGUCUGCAUCUACCAGCAUCCAUGAGCUACAGCAGAUCCGGGGAAAGAUCAAUUACAUCGGGAUGUUCAUUCCAAAUUUGGCAAUAAUAAUGAAGUAAAUGAAUAACCUUUUGAAGAAAGAUGUCCAGUGGUUGUGGGGACAGUGCAAGAGAAGUCAUUUGUCGAUGUCAAACAAGUCCUCAUAAAUGCAAUGACAUCAACAUUUAAUGACCCUCGAAAACCUAUCACUGUAUCUGUUGAUGCCAAUAGUUGGAAUUGGAGCUGUUAUCUUGCAAGAAGAGAACAAUCGAUUAAAACCAAUUGCUUUCGUGUCCCAUGCACUCCUGCCUGCUGAGGGUUGGUAUACUCAGAUCGAAAAGGGGGUGCUUAGCUUCCGUUUGGGCAUGUGCAAAAUUCAACAGAUACCUUUGAGGUCUACAGCAGUUCAAGCUGCUCGCUGAUCAUAAGCUGCUGGUACCAUUGAUCAAUGGAUCCAACCUACAUCCCAUCCUGAUAAGAUGUCAACGAUUGAUUAUGAGAAUGAUGAGAUAUAACCCGAAAGCACAGCACGUACCCAGGAAAGAGCUGGUCAUCGCUGAUACCCUCUCGAGGCAUCUGUUGCCUACUUGUGACGAAAAAGAUAAGCGAACAAUAGAAGAAGUUAGAAUGCAUGUUAACGAAGUUACACAAUCUUGGCCAGUAUUGGAUGUUUGUCUUGAUGAGAUCAGAGAGGCGGCUGAUAAUGAUUUGGUGAUACAAGAAGCCAUGCAAUUCACAGGUGAUGGUUGGCCAACAAAAUCUAGUAACAUCACAUGUGAUCUCCAUGAUGUGUAUUCUGUUCGAUCAAAUCAUUCUUCAGUAGCAGAAGGACUCUUGGCUUAUAAUGGCAGAAUUGUCAUUCUGAACGUCCUUUAGUCGAAGAUUUUUACCCUGAAGGGUAAGAUGGCGUCGAAGAAGCAGGCUGGUAAGCGCACUGCGCAAUCCUUGAAUAUAUCUAGCACUAGUAUGCCCACAAAACCAGUUCGAAGCAAACUUUCAAAAGCUAACAGUGAGGAGAACAUCAUAGAUCAAUCUGAGGACGGAGAAACUAUAAAUUUAAAAAGUAUCCAUGAUAUGAUGAAGGCUAUGAUGAAGAAACUUGAGAAAUUGGAUUCCAUUGACACGAGAGUAAAGACGGUAGAAAGCGAUUUAAAGAGUGUGAAGGAAUCAAUUGAAUUCGCACACGCAGAAAUAAGAGAACUUAAGAAAGACAACGAAACUCGAAAGAAAACUGAUGAAACAACAAAAGAGCGAAUCGAGAAACUAGAGAAAGAGAACGAAAUUCUAAACAAGAGCGUCAUUGACCUUAAAUCAAGGUCAAUGCGUGAUAAUCUGAUUUUUUAUAACAUUCCCGAAUCUAAAGACGAAGAUACCACAAAUAUGAUCCAUAAGUUACUUGAAGAUACCACAAAUAUGAUCCAUAAGUUACUUAGAAGACGCAUCCAAGAAAAUCAAGAUUGAUAGAUCACACAGAUUGGGUAGACAGAAACAAGCAGCGGAAAAGCCGCGACCAAUUAUUGCGAAAUUUAAUUUCUAUCAAGAUCGGGAGAAUAUUCGUCUCAACGCAAAGAAAUUAAGGGGUUCAAACAUAGCAAUCAGAGAACAAUUUCCUGACGAAAUUGUUAAGAUACGUAGGGAAUUAUAUCCAGAGUUGAAAAAAGCCAGGGAAGCGGGAAAGAAGGCAAAACUUGUAAGGGACAAACUCAUAAUCGAAGGACAAGUAUUUUACAAGCCGACAUGAUGCUAAGAUAUCAUAUUUCAGUGCACUAUAGUACUAGUAUGUAUGCUUUUAUUAUAUUGCCUCAGUUCAGUAACUUUAAUAUUUAGUUAUGUCUGGUAGUAACACUGUUGACUCCUUGCCAUUUCAUUCACUCUCCAACAAUGAAUUUAAUCUUAUAAACCACGAUUUGGAAAACAGAUUCUGUCAAAUUGAUAUGGAUAGACUAAACCAAUUGAAAUUCAAUCCAUUUAAAAAAAAUAAUGAUAUAGCCUUAAGUGAAAACAAUGUCAACCUUGACAUGUCUUUUGAGGUGAAUAAAGUUAACUGCGAUUAUUAUUUACCAAAUGAUUCUAAUGAAGAAACUAAAGAAAUUAAUAACAAAAAUAAUUUUGUGCUACUACAUUUAAAUAUAAGAAGUAUAACAAAUAAAUUUGAAAAGUUGAAAGAUUUAGUAACGUCAUUAAAUAAAUCGUUUCAAAUUAUAGGAUUAACCGAAACAUGGUUGAAUGAUAUAAACAAAGACAAUUUUAAUUUACCAGACUAUGAUUAUAUAGGAUCAAAUAGAGAAAAUAAAAGAGGUGGAGGGGUAGGCAUGUAUGUCUCGAAACAAUUGCAAUAUAAAACUCGAAAUGACAUAAGUAUAAACGUAGAAAACGGAAUUGAAACCUCUUUUAUCGAAAUAUGUACAUCUAAAGGUAAGAAUAUGAUUGUAGGAACAAUCUAUAGGCCACCACCCAUUUGAAAACUCAAUGAAAAGAAUAUUAGAGAAAAUCGAUAAAGAAAAUAAAAUUGGCUAUCUUAUGGGGGACUUUAAUAUUGAUCUACUUAAAUCGGAUUCUUGUGAUUAUGCAGGCCAAUUUACCGAACAACUUUUCACAUCUUCUUAUUAUCCACUCAUAACAAAGGCAACAAGAAUAACUGCUCACACUGCAACACUUAUUGACAAUAUUUUCACCAACAACAUUGACAAUAUUGAUUCUAGUCUCAACGGAAUUAUUUUUAGCGACAUCUCAGAUCAUUUGCCAAUAGUACAUAUAUGUAAUAUGGAUAGUAAUAGUUUUAAUAUAAGAAAAAAAGUGACCAAAACCUCAAAAUAUAAACGAGUAAUUAAUAACGCAAAUAUUAAAUCUUUCACAAAUACAAUAAAAAAUAUAUCAUGGGACAAUGUAAUUGAUAAUAAUAAUCCUGAAGAGGCUUUUGACAAAUUUUCCCAAUCUUUUGCAGAAGCUUAUGAAACAAGCUUUCCAGUAAAAUUGAUUAAAGAAAAGAUUGAUAAUAAGAGCCCAUGGAUGACAUACUCCAUCUUAAAAUCAGUAAAUAGGAAACAUAAACUUUACAAGGCAUACUUACUAAACUCGAAUAAAAGGAAUGAAAAUACGUAUAAAAGAUAUAAAAAUAAAUUAAAUCGUAUAAUAAAAGUGUCAAAGAAACUGUAUUAUGAAGAGCAACUAAUAAAAUAUAAAAACGAUACAAAGAUGAUAUGGUAUACCUUAAAUAAAGCUCUUAAUAAAAAUAGGAAAAAGAAGGAAAUGCCAAAAUCUUUUGUUGGAAACAAUUCCGUGGAUAUAAUAGAUGAUCCAAAGAAAAUAGCUAAUGGAUUCAAUGAAUACUUUAUCAAUGUUGGACCAAAUCUAGCAAAAAAAAUUAAAGAGAACCCAGGCAUGACUUUUGAUAAUUACCUCACUAGUAAUUAUCCCAACAGUAUGUUUCUUGAUCCGAUUACUGAAAAUGAAUUAGUAAUUGAAAUAAAUAGUAUGAAUCCAAAUAAAAGUCCCGGACACGACGAUAUUAGCAUUCAAAUAGUUAAAUCACAUGCAAAGGAAGUUUCUAAACCAUUGACACAUAUUUUCAAUUUAACAUUUCUCAAUGGAAUUAUUCCUGACAAAUUAAAAGUUGCUGUAGUAACUCCGGUUUACAAAGCAAAUGAAAAUAAUAAAUUUACAAACUAUUGACCAAUAUCAGUUCUUUCUUGUUUUUCAAAAUUAUUGGAAAAACUAAUGUGCAAAAGAUUAAUGAAAUUCAUUGAAAAAAAUAAAGUUUUAUCAACAAAUCAAUAUGGGUUUAGAAAAGGCAGGUCAACAGAGCAUGCGAUUAUUGAGCUCGUUGAUAAAAUUACAAGAGCAAUAGAUCAGGGGAAAUACACUAUUGGUAUUUUCCUUGAUUUAUCAAAAGCAUUUGAUACGAUUAAUCACAAGAUUCUCAUUAAAAAACUGGAAUAUUAUGGUAUAAGGGGUAUAUCCAAAGACUGGUUUGAAAAUUAUUUAAAGAACAGAAAGCAAAUUGUAAAGUUUAACCAAAUAAAAUCAAAAGAUAUGACAAUUACAAUUGGUGUUCCUCAAGGAUCAGUACUGGGACCUUUGUUAUUUCUUUUGUAUAUAAAUGAUAUCCAGAAUUGUAGCAAUAUUAUUUCAAAUAUAUUAUUUGCUGAUGACACAACCAUAUUUUAUAGUCACGCUUGCCUUAAAACAUUAAACCAAACAAUACAAGAGGAAAUAAAUAAAAUAGCUGUUUGGUUAAAUAUUAAUAAACUAUCUAUAAAUACAGAAAAAACAAAGUUUAUUGUAUUUCGGUCCUCGAGAAGGAAAAAACAAGAACAUAAUAUAACAAUUUAUUUAAAUAAUAAAAUUAUUGAGCAAGUUAGAAAGACAACAUUUUUGAGUAUUGUUGUUGAUGAAUGUUUGACAUGGAAUGAUCAUCUAGAGCAAAUAUCAAAGAAAAUUAUAAAAUCAACAGCAGUCAUUGUCAGGAUCCGACAUUUCAUAAACUUGAAAGCUCUUAAAUUAAUUUAUUAUGCAUUAGUCUAUCCAUAUCUUAUUUACGGUAAUCUAAUAUGGGGUAACACAUACAAAAAGAGAACACAAAAAUUAGUAAAUAUUCAGAAAAAGAUUAUUCGUCUAAUGACGUUUAAUUCUUACUUUGAACAUACCGAACCAAUAUUUAAGGAGUUAAAAAUACUAAGCAUUUAUAAAUUGAAUCAAUACCUAACAAGUUUAUUUAUGUUUCGAUAUCAUAAUUUGAAGAAUUUACCAGAAACAUUCGUAAAUUAUUUCAUACCCAAUAAUAAAAUACAUGACCAUGGCACAAGGAAUGCAACUAAGCUUCACAAGACUUAUAAAAGAACGAAUUAUGUAAUCCAUACUCUUUCUAACAAAGGAGUUGGUGUUUGGAAUAACAUAGCAUCUAAAUACAAAUCUAUUUUCUCUUAUAGUACUUUUCAAAUUAAAAUAAAAAAUCAUUAUAUAUUCAACAAUGGAUGUAUAAUGGUUUAAAAUAUAUUAUCACUUUCUUUACUGUAAAUAUACAUAUAUAGUAUCCUCCACUUCGAAUAUAUAUAAUUAAGUUUAUAUGCAUGUUAAUGUUUUAUUUUAUACUUGUUAUAUACGCUUUUAUCUUUGUUCAAUCUAAUAUAUUAUUCGAACUGACUAAAUAGAAUGAAAUAUAUUUCCGUCCACCAGUCUACGUUUGUGGCGUGUAUUGUCAGAUUCACAUGCAAUAUAAGGAGUUAUUAUGCUGGUGAAUGUGAUAUCAAUAAUGAGCUCGGGAAGUGAGUGUAUUUUAUUCUAGAAAUAGUUGUUAAAAUUAAUAGAUUCCUGAAUCAGCAUAGCAUGUGAAACGAUGCCAAGUAAGCGUGAUUUGCGACUCAUUGAUGCGAUAUUUUAGAAAGUUCUUAUAUGCCUAUACUAAUCCUAGCAUUAUCGGACGCCAUUUUGUUGCGUAAUUUUUUGUCAUGUCCACCAUCUUGACCCACAUUUCUGGUAAUGUUUGUUAGUAUUUUGUUAAUGAAGUUCCUAGGGUAGUUGUUUUUCAUGAAAGUCGAGUAUAGAUAUUUGCGUUCUGUUUGUUUAGCUUGUUCUGUCUUACAGUGCGUAUCUAUUCGGUUGAAUAAGCUUCUUAUACAGCUUAUUUUGUGUUGAGUAGGGUGGUUGCUGUUAAAAUUCAGUAUUUGGUCAGUGUGCGUUUUCUUACGGUAGACCUGUGUGUUAAUCGUGCCGUCAUCAGUUCUUGUCAACAAAAUGUCAAGGAAAGCAAGUUGGUUGUUAUCUUCUUCUUCUUUCGUGAAUUUUAUAUUUUCUGUAGUAUUGUUUAUAGUAUGUAAAAUGUCGUCAGUCUUGUCUUUCUUAACUGUAGCAAGGACGUCGUCUACGUAUCUGUUCCAUGUUUUAAUAUCGUUAUUGUUAGUAAGCUCAAUAAAAGUAUAUUUCAAUCCGGAGAACUUUAAUUAAUUAUAAUAUGCCUGGAUUACAAAUCUUUAAACAUAUAUAUAUAUAUAUAUCAGGUUUUUUUUAUACACCCUGUAUAUAUACAUAUAUAUAUAUAUAUAUAUAUAUAUAUAUAUAUAUAUAUAUAUAUAUAUAUAUAUAUAUAUAUAUAUAUAUAUAUAUACACUAAGUAAGUCAUAUCAAGUAAGUCAUAUCGCGAAUACGCAUGCGUACUACAUGUCGUAGUUUUGAAGCAGCGUAAAGAGCCUUGAACGGACUAUGACUUUAGUGUGUCCUGCUCACAUUAGCAGCUGUGGACAGCUGUUUCGCCCUGUUGGAGCUCAUCAGCACAGCGUAGCAAAUGUAGGAGCUACACAUCCAGAUAUUCCCCGAGCCGACGGCGAAGCGCCGUGCGAGGGUACUAAUUUCCCCCGGCUAUUUACACCUGGGGAAACGAUAGCAUUAGCGAAGUCUAAAGUUCAUCAAAUAUCGCGGGCGUGACCCAGGAACUUGAGUGGGUGGUCAUCCUCACUGAUCUAAAAAAUAUGGCUGAUUGCUUGUGGGAGUGGGAUAAGCAAGAUUUCAAUUUUAAAACUACAUAUAUUUGGAAAAUCGUUUCAUAUACAACAAGCUUGAAGCAAUUUUGUUUGAAGAAAUGAGAAGAAUUGAUUUGCUAUGGGAAAUCGUGAAAUAUACGGCAAGUUUGCUUUGAAUUUUGUUGCUUUAACUUUUUGCCUAAAAACAUGAACUGUUUUCCUUUUCAACGAAGCUCUAAGUUUCAUAAAUUACCGUUUAAUUUGAACAAAUUGAUUUGAAGACUGAACUAAAAUUACCUAACAAUUUGGUUUGUGUGUAAAACAGUUUAUCGGCAAAUGUAGUUUAGUUGAAUAAACAUUUCAAAAAUUUCACGAAGCGUUUCAUGUUAAAUUUUACAUUAAAUCAAAGCUCACAAAAUGCAAAAUAUUAUAACUACAGUGUAUAUUUCGGAAAUUUAUUGUUGUAUAGUUAAAAGUACGAAUCUUUCAACUAUUUUGCAGUUUUGUACGUACAAAAAUCGAUAUCGAUGAGAUAUCGUGUUGUCAUGGCACACUUGAGCGCGAGCCUGCGUUCAGUGUCGGCCAUUUCUGAAUACUUCAUGUUAAUUUAAUGUUUGGAAAAUAUCGGCGAGGGGUUACUGCAUGCAUGUAUUUCUAGUUAUAUAAGGACAAGUUAGGAUGCGGAUGUGGGACACACAAAAAUAUUAUAAAAGUGACAAGUAAGUCAUAUCUGGAGAUAUGACUUACUUGUCACUUUUAUAAUAUUUUUUGUGUGUCCACAUCCCCAUCCUAACUUGUCGUUGUCCUAUAUAUUGUUAGUUUGAAACGUCACUCAAGCCUCUGGGCAUGUAUUUGUUACCGAUGCCAAUCUGGAAAACCAGUCAGUUAAAGAAUUUUGCAACAUGGAAUUCGCUGAAACGCAAGAUACAGACAAAACUACGCUAUCAAGAGAGGACCAACGAGCACUACACGUAAUGAACGAAUUAGUCCAGUCAAUCUGUGACCAGAGGUCAAAGAAAUUGCAAUAGACUUUUUUUACAGUGGUAAAAUGUGAGGGAAGGUGUCCUGAUUAACAUACUAAAAAUAAAAAAAAAUCCCUUCGGUGGAACAUGGUGAAAAUCGAGUUUUUCUUACUUCUGCCUAUAGAAAACCAUUGUGGACAGAAUGUUGAAAUUUUGAAAUCAUUUUUAGGCAAAUGUAACCUACAUUAUUGGACGGCAGCCCCCCAGUUUGUUUGGCAAACAAAGCCAGUCGGGCAAUAUUCGCUUCACAGUCGGGCAAUAUUGGCUUAUUGUAAAAAUAAAUGGGACAAAUUCGGUCAAUUUUGUGGGAAAUUCUGUCAAUUUUGUGGUCAAUUUUGUCUGUCAAUUUUUUGAUGGGGGGUCGCCAAAAUUAAUUUGUUCCGGAAAAAUUUUUUCGCCACUGGUCGGGCACAAUCCGAAAAAGUCGGGCAAAUUUAUUUCCGCCCCCCCUAAUUUUUUCCUUCUGGUACGCCCAUGCGCAUUACCCUGGAAAAAGACCACCCCCAAAUUACCAAAUAACCGAGCAAUGGCAGAACGUCGUCUGAAGUUCCUAAAGAAACGGUUAGACAAAGAUCCUCAACAACUGAAGAAUUACAGCAAUUAUAUUGACGAUCUCGUGAAGAAAGGCUACGCAAGAAAGAUACCAGAAGAACGACUCACUCCUAAAAAUGGCAACGUUUGGUGUCUACCUCACCACCCAGUGUUUCACCCUCAGAAGCCAGGCAAAACAAGAGUCGUGUUUGAUUGUCCUGCGAAAUUCGAAGGUACUUCUCUGAAUGAUGAGCUCUUACAGGGGCCGGAUUUGACGAACUCAUUGACGGGUGUUUUGACCAGAUUCCGACAAAGUCCUGUGGCUUUCAUGGCCGAUAUUGAAGCCAUGUUCCACCAAGUGCGAACUCCACUCAAAGAUUGCGAUGUGCUACGUUUCCUGUGGUGGCCGAACGGUGACACAUGUAUUAACCCAGAAGAAUUCCAGAUGACAGUUCAUCUUUUUGGCGGUAUCUCAUCUCCCAGCUACGCCAAUUUUGCACUAAAAAGAACUGCCGAAGGUAAUCGAGAGAAUUUCGACGCGGAGACAAUAAACACUUUAGAAAGAAACUUUUACGUUGACGAUUGCUUGAAAUCGGUUGAAGAUGAAGAAACGGGUAUCAAUCUCGCAAGCAAUCUCUACGAACUUCUGCAGAAAGGCGGCUUUCGUUUAACGAAGUGGACGUCAAACUCGCGAAAGGCGUUAGAAUCCUUACCAGAAAGUGAACGAGCAGCUAUGGUGAAAGACCUGGAUGUUAGCAAAGUUCACGUAGAACGAGCACUCGGUGUUCGUUGGGAUAUCGUCUCUGAUAAGUUUGGCUACAAGAUAACCAUCAAGGAUCAACCAGCAACCAGACGAGGCAUUCUCUCCGUGGUGAGUUCCAUCUACGAUCCCCUCGGAUUUGUCUCACCAUUUGUCCUUUUGGCUAAGACCAUAUUACAAGACCUUUGUCGAAGCAACUUAGGAUGGGACGAGCAAAUUUCUGAAGAUGCACUCCAUCGAUGGCAGAAUUGGCUAAGCAUGCUACCCAAACUUGAAAGAAUCGUUAUCGACCGUUGUUUCAAACCUACUGAUUUCGGUGAGAUCACUUCAUGCGAGCUGCAUACAUUCUCCGAUGCUUCCCAGAAAGGCUAUGGAGCUGUCACAUAUCUACGAAUACUCAACCAACGAGGAGACAUCCAUUGUUGUUUAUUGAUUGGAAAGUCUCGAUUAGCACCGUUGAAAGCUAUGACGAUCCCCAGAUUGGAACUGUCUGCGGCCGUAGUUGCGACAAGGCUCAAUAAGAUGAUGAAAGGAGAGCUCGACAUGAAAGUUGAUGAAUCCGUAUUCUGGACGGACAGCACCUGCGUUUUGAAAUACAUUGGCAACGAGAGCACAAGAUUCCAAACCUUCGUAGCCAAUAGAGUAUCAAAGAUUCAAGAUGCGACUGAAUUGUCUCAAUGGAAAUACGUAAAUACCAGUUCAAAUCCGGCAGAUGACGCUUCUCGAGGAUUAACAGCAAAGGAACUAUUGGAGGACGAACGUUGGUUGAAAGGACAGGACUAAUUCCUCUGGAAAUCCCGCGAACACUGGCCAAACCAAGAAGAAAUGAAGUCUGAUAUUCCUGAAUGCGAUCCAGAAGUAAGAAGAAACGCCACAACAACCUUAACGACAUCUACCAGCGUCUCAUCUGAUGAUGAUGAAUCUGCCAACGAUAUGUGUUCCCGAUUCGAGAAAUUCUCUUCCUGGAAACAGCUCAGGAAAUCAAUUGCAUGGGCAAUCCGCUACGUGAAACAACUUCGGGAAACCGUACGAAAGCGAAAGAGUGGCGAAAUAAUCAACAUGUCAAAAGAAAAGAAAGAAAAACUGGUACCGUUAAAGCUUGACGAAGUGGAGAACGCUGAAAGGUUCAUCCUCAACAUCGUGCAAAUGACCAGUUUUCGAGACGAACUGACGUAUUGAAACAAAACAAUGGGAACGUGAAAGUCCAGAAAUCAUCGAUGAUCUCUUGUGUGUUGGAGGCAAAUUACGUCAUGCACCACUUGAGAAUACAGCCAAGCACCAAGUCAUUCUACCUAAGCAGCACCAUGUGGCUACUCUAAUUGCUCGUCACUAUCAUCAAUUAUCUGGACACUCAGGUCUAGAAUAUGUUCUAUCCUUAACACGACAGAAGUUUUGGAUAGUCAAAGGCCGACUCCUAGUUCGAAGGGUGGUCAACGAUUGUUUCGACUGCAGGCGCAGACAAUCACCGGUGGCAGAGCAGAAAAUGGCUGAUCUUCCGAAGAGUCGAGUAACCCCCUCAAAACCACCAUUUACUUUCACUGGUGUGGACUGUUUCGGACCAUUCAAUGUACGACGCGGGCGAAGUUUAGUUAAAAGAUACGGUGUGAUAUUUACUUGCCUGACGACACGUGCAAUUCACAUCGAAGUAGCAUCGAGUCUUGACACUGAUUCAUUUUUGAACGCUCUAAGACGAUUCGUAGCCCGACGUGGAAAUCCAGAAGAAAUCAGAUCAGAUAAUGGAGGAAAUUUUGUAAGCGGAGAGAAAGAAUUGCGAAGUUGCAUUAAAGAAUGGAACCAAGAUAAGAUACAUCAAGUUCUAUUACUGAAGAAUAUCAAGUGGAUUUUUAACCCACCGACUGCAUCCCAUCACGGCAGCGUUUUGGAGCGAUGCAUCCAUACAGUGAGGAAGGUGAUGAGAGCGCUGCUUCAUGAACAGACUCUGAACGAUGAAAGCCUUCAUACGUUGAUGUGCGAAGUUGAAGCUAUCAUAAAUGGACGACCAUUAACGAAAGUUUCCGAUGACCCGAGAGACAGCGAAGCUCUAACCCCGAACCACCUGCUGCUAUUACGUGCAGGUCCCCCACUUCCACCCGGCAAAUUCGUGAAGGAAGAUUUGCACACGCGGCGCAGAUGGCGACAAGUACAGUAUAUGGCAGACGUGUUCUGGCGGAGAUGGCUGAAGGAGUAUCUUCCGAUAUUGCAAGAACGACAAAAGUGGAAUCAACCGAGAAAGAACGUAGAAGUCGGCGACGUCGUGCUUCUACUUCAAGAGAAUACACCGCGUAGUUCGUGGCCGUUGGCUCGUGUGAUCGAAGUUCAUCGUAACAGAAGUGACGGACAUGUUCGAAGUGUGAAGUUGAAGACCUCUACAUCCGUGUUGGAAAGACCAAUCUGCAAGAUCGUCGUGUGGGAAGGAACGCAGUGAACAACGAAGACAAGUUGAGUAUAAGAUAACAUUUACACAUUAAUAUGACGCUAUAUUAUUGUUAUGCAUGAGUUUUGUUUCAAACAGUUUGUUAUUAGUUUAUAAAGGCACUAGUACACUGUACGCCUUUAAGGGGCCGGAAUGUUAGUUUGAAACGUCACUCAAGCCUCUGGGCAUGUAUUUGUUACGUCACAUGCAAAGGGGGCUUGCGUGACAGAUCAGAUUGAACAGUACGAUCGAUCAGUAAGGAUCAGUUACCAACGCUAUAUUGGAAAACGAAGAAAAGAUUACUUGACGCUACUUGAGGAACAAGAGGACACCAAAUUCGAACUCAUUUGAUUGUCGAUUGAUUAUUGCUAUAUUUGAACACUAUUGAUACAUCGAAUUAAAGAAAUCUAUACGUGUAAUACGUCUAUUCAUCUACUCUAUCUGCGUCAAAGACGAAGUUCGAAUAAUAUUAUGCUUGAUUCUAUUUGAUCACGCUUAUAAUUUACUUAUCUAGUUUAAUCAGGUGCAGGCUGUUGAUGCGAUGAAUGUUUCCGUUUUGCAUUUCAAACAAAUUGCAGCUUGGCUUCUUUUGGCACACCGUAUUUUUCCUUGUUGUCUUCAAAAAGCUGCACCAGUGCAUCGAUGUAUCGUGUGUGUAAUUCAUCCAAUUCUUCUUGACUUGGUGUUGUGUUCUUUUCUACUUCGACCGGAGCACCAACUGCAUUUGCAAAAUAAAGAGCAUUGUAAAUACUAUACAUGAAAAUAAUUCUAAAUUCUGAUACGCUUAUAGCAGUGCAAUUUGAGGAAAUACAGUACAGAAAACAGGAAAUACAGUGCCGAAAACAGGAAAUACAGAUCAAAUUUCUUGGCCUUUUAAACAUUUCGAUUGGUAUGGUUAAUUAUAGGCACAUUUUCAACAAAAAGAGUGAUUUGAGCGAAGAAGAAAUUCAACAGGGCACCCAGUCUUUGUGGACGGAUUUCUGGUGCUUGGUGAACUGAAAACUCCAUGUGAAUAUCUUGAUAAGGCCCGGUCACACUACAUGCACAACAAUAAUGAUACGAUAACUUCUAUACGCGCGCUGAUUGUUCAGAAAAUUUAUCGUAAUCGUCCGACUGAAAAAAAAUCGCUUGGGUGAGCGAUAUAAAAUCGUUAUCGUCAAACGAGAAUUUUAUCGUUUUCGUUGUAGUGUGGACACCAACAUAAUUUUUUUGACCAAUAAUCGCGUGUUCACAAGUUAAUUGAUCGUAUCGUUAUCGUUGUCUAGUGUGACCUGGGCUUUAAGUGAGUGAUACGGCAAGAUAUAUGUUUUUAGACAAUAAAACAAGACGUUUUCUACCUCCUAAGUGGUUUCGAAGGGUACGAUUGGAAUUUGUGGCCGUUCUAUACAAUUUUUCAUAUAUAUUAUGUUACCUCGUUCCCACAUGUUCUUUUGUGCCAUGAGAAUAAUUACACCAUAACAGAGAAUCCAAAACUUUGUUUUAUUAUUCCGUGUAUACACACUAUGUUUUUCAACUAAAUCUGACUGCGUGUAUCACUUACAUUGAUUCGCAACACGUGCUAUUUUGAUAGUCGUUGAAAAGUCAUAUACCCACAAUAUAUUACAUGUUUUACCGGAUAUACAACAUAUAGGGCAGCUUUUAAUAGUAGCCUUGUUAUCAUAGUUACGUGAACUUUCAAAAUUUCUUGCACUUGAUAUUGUUAUUUUGUUACAUAUCAAUGGCGACCAUGCAAAUGUCAGCAUUAAAUAAUGAAGAACUUACCAACUGUAUAUAUUGGUUUUCUGUGUGGUAGCAGACCAAAACUGUACUGAAAUACUCCUCGGCCAUAAAACAGAACAGGAGCAAAUGCAAUAGUCUUUUGAAUUUUCACUUGUAUCUCUCGCAGGCGAGAUCCUCGAGGAUUACUGACUUGUUUGAAAAUGUCAUUUUCGCCAAACGAAAACACAGGAACAAGAGAUGAUCUAAAAACAAACGAACCAUUAUAACACUGAUAUGUGAUAUUAUUUUAACAAGCUUGUUGCAUACCUGAAACUCUGCAGAGGGAUGCUCACAGAGGGGUGUUCCCUUUCUUACAUUUCAAAAAUAAUGACGUCAUAGGGGCCCCAGAGAAAUGUUUGUGUCGGGUGCAAGAAUUUCUCUCGACGUUCCUGAUACCUAUCUGUGGCUUCCCAUCGGUUAAUCUCGUUAACGGAAGUAAUUACGUAACUCAAAUGUCAACAACAAUUUUGCUCGCGUAUCGAAUAGCGAUAGCCGUAUAUUUCUCAUGAAAAAAUAUCCCUGUUAAUGCUUUGGAGGAAACUCUUUCUUAUAUUUCAAGUAUUUAGGCUUCGAAAUUCAGUUGAAACCAGAACAGAGAAAGUCUAUUAAUUUGCUACGUGGACCACGUGGUGAAGACGCCGGUUAUCGCGAUUCUUCCUACGGGAUACGGAAAAGUUUGAGUUUCAAUUAUACAUUUAUAUCGGCAAAUUAUUAAAGCUUGCCACAUGCUAUUUUAAUAGCUCUGAUCAUCUGAUGCCAGCACGAGCAGGGAUCGAAUAUUUCUUAUAGUUGUCUUGAUAUUUGUUGAGGCUACAUUACUUGGCAUUGCAGCUAUAAAGUUGGACGAUGAUUUUAUAAAGAAUAUUAACAUUUCAAAACACGCUCAACUGUUAGUGGUUCAGGAGCCUUUUAAAGGAUAAAAGAUCUGUGUUGUGACUGCUUCAAAAAGUCAAUAAUUCAUGAGGAAAAAGCAAAGAAAAAUGAUAAACGUGUCGUAUCGUAUCUCUAUAUGUGAUAGAGAUUUCCUUGUUUACAUAUUUUUAAUUGCUGCCGAGCGUAGCGAGGCAGCUCCCUAUUCUUGACGUUUCUUGCUUUUUCGUGCCCAGUCCCCGGCCGAGUUAUAUUGGGGAAACAUACUCAAUCCAUGUCAGUCCGUCGGAUGUCAAGAUUUUUCGGAAAUUGUCGUCAACUCGAGCAUUCGACGACUCUUUGUUUUUAUUCGAUUUUGAUUUGUAUGCGCUCGCAUGAUUCUUCUCAAGGAUUCUUCUCAGGAUUACAGUUUAGUACGAGCUUAUUUACAUGCAGUAUGUUGAUUUUAGCGAUGCAAAAGAUCGACAAUAUUUUCAAUAAUUCAGGUAAGGGUAGAUGAACGCAUUUAUAUUUAGAUUUGCUGUUUUUAACUAUUCGAUAUAGAGGUAUAUUUGAAACCAACAUGAUUUCAUAAUUUGCAGUUCUAUUAAAUAGCCCACUGAUAUCGUCUUUAUAUUCGACGACUCUUUGUUUUUAUUCGAUUUGAUUCGAUUUUAUUUAUUUUGUAUUGCGCUCGCAUGAUUCUUCUCAGGAUUUCAGUUUAAUACCUUGUUAUUUAAUACAUGCAGUAUGUUGGAUUUUCACGAUGCAAACAAUCGACAAUAUUUUGAAUAUUUCCGGUAUUAAGGAUAGCUUUAUUUCUUUCUGAAUUCUAAUGAUAUACAUGAAGGCAUUUAUAUUUAGAUUUGCUGUUUAGUGUUCGAUAUAGAGGCAUUGAAACCAAUAUGAUUUCAUGAAUUUGCAGUUCUAAUAAGCCCACUGAUUGUCUUUAUAUUUAUACAAGGAGUCAAGAUGUACUUUUAGUUUAUCUAUUUGUAUGGCGAUGAGCCAAGGAGGCAUUUAUAUUUAGAUUUGCUGUUUAGUGUUCGAUAUAGAAGUAUUGAAACAAAUAUGUUAUAUGUAUAUGAUUUCAUGAACUUGCAGUUCUAAUAAGCCCAUUGAUUGUCUUUAUAUUUAUACAAGGAGUCAAGAUGUACUUUUAGUUUAUUUAUUUGUGUGGCGAAUGGGGAUGUGCCAAGGCUAGGGACCUUGCCAUUGUAAUAUUCCCUGGUGCUGUAGAGGGUGUUGUGGAGUUAUGGUGCACUCAAAUGUGUGUAUGGCUUUGUGUAUACAGUAGUGCGAGUAGAUACAGGUUUAUACAAUCAUUGUGUAAUGUGCUUCACAGUUGUUUUGAACUUUGGAGAUACCAUCAUGUUUCUCUGCUGUAUUAUGGUUGGGCAUGGUAAAAUUAUAGAUUGUUUGUUUUUUGGGGGGGGGGUCACCAGGGUUUGAGGAGUAAUUGAGGGGGGAUGAAAGUUUUAGUUUUGGCAAUAUUUGGAGGGGGUAAAUAGGUUUUCGGAUCGUCGGAUUUCACAGAAAAAAUUUAGCGAAUAUUUUACACAGAUUUGCAGAUCUUAUUAAUACAGUGGAUUGCGGAUUUAUCUAAUAUUUUGGCUCAGAUUGUGGAUGUAGCUUGCAAUUUAGUUCGGAUCCUGGAUUGUGACUUCAUAGUAGAGCUUUUAGCAGAUUCAAAUUUAGACAUGACCAUUGUCGGAUUGCAGAUUUUGCUUCAAAUUUCGGUGGAUUUGUAUACCCCCAUUGACCCCCCCCCCCAUAUUUUGACCUUUUUAACCCACUGAGUCGCAUUGCACCCUGAUGCACCCUACUUUAGUAUUUUACUCUGUCUAACGCCAGACGAUUUUACUCGUCAAGGGGAGAGCGCUGGCGCUUAAUGGGUUAAUUUAAAAUACAAGCAAUGUCUAAUGUGCUUUUAAAAUACAAGCAAUGUCUAAUGUGCUUCACAGUUGUUUUGGACUUUGGAGACAUUGCCGUAUUAUGGAAAUUCAUUGGAUAAAUAUGUAUUAAGGGAGUGUCAUUUUUUUAUGGUUUGGGUGGGGUGGUGAAAUCAUAGGUUGUUUUUUUGGGAGGGGGGUUACCAGAGUUUGAGGAGUAAUUGUGUGUGUGUGGGGGGGGGGGGUCAUGAAAGUUUUAGUUGAAUCCUCGUGUAUCCCUCAUUAUCCUCCCUACGAGCGUGGAAGAACCUGUGGCACCCAAUACUUUUAGAAAUUUUGAAGAUAGGUAAAG